CUGCUCAGUUUGGCCACACUGACUUGUCUAUUUUGGUAUCUGUGAGCAUAGGACUGUGGACACAAGUUCAUGUGAAGAUGGAACAGAGGCUUUACUCACUUUGCAGAUGAACUUGGAUGGGAUAACUGGAUUACACAGGACUUGUAUGUGGCAACAAAGGGUACACUGGAACUUUGAGAGAAGAAUGAAAGAUCCAUAAUCGAGGGAGUCUUAAAAAAUGACGACAAUGUGAAUUUGCUGGAAGAAACAAUAAGGAUAUACAGAUGUAAGAGAAACACAUUGGCGACAUGAUGACCUGUGUGGAGAAGCGUCAUAUGAGCCACCGUGUGGGCGGCAUGCUUCAUCAUCGCUUUCCCAAUGGCUUCACAGAUUUGUUUAUGGAUGAAACUGAUCGGGAGGUCAGCACUCUGACUGACCGGGCCUUCAGAAGCCUCUGUAUUGGAGAUGAUGCUGUUUACAAUGAUGAGUUCACUUAUGGAUACUCGCCUUUCAGUUGCCAUAAGCCCCUGGCAGGAGAACCUCAUAAAAAGACUGCUAAGGAAACUAAGAAACAUGGACAGAGUCGGAGUGACAAACACGAAAGUCAGCCAUGGAAAGAGCACCAGCAGAACACAAUGUCCCAAAUGUCUUCUUUUCUCAAGGCACUGAGCGCCACUGAGGAAAGUUAUGGGGGAAUGUUCAAGAAAAAUGGUGUCACUGAUUCAAAUGGGGAAUCAUGGGACAAAUCAGCACUUCGUAGCAUCCAAAAGGAGCUAUCUGAAUUCUCUACAGAUUAUCACACCAACCUCACUGAAGGACAUUAUAAAAACCAUCAACGGCAUCCUUCUGGAGAUGUUUCAACAAACAAAAUGGGCAAAGACAAUUCCUUAUCCUCUGGGAAAUCUUCAAAAAGCAAAAAUGUAAAAACUAAUGUAAAACUCAAAAAGCUUAACAUAAAAAACUUUUUCCUUCAUAGUGAGUUUAGCCCUUUUCAAGCGUGGACAGAUAUGAAUCAAUUCUCUUUUGCCCAAGAGAGUAUAGUCUCUAUACUUCCUGAAGACCCUGUGCCUAAAUGGUUUGAUUUGCCUUUUUACAAGGAGUUGACAGAAUCACCAAAGAAAGAGCCUCAGCUCACAGAGCAGCCCCAGCCUCACCAGAAAGCAGUCACUGAGCCACCCCCUCCUCCUCCCGCUGAACCCAAACCCGUUCCUCCUCCUGUACCUCCAAAAGUCCUGCCAAAGCCAAUACUAACUACUGCAGAAAAGAGGUGCACUUCAGAGUGUGGGGAUGGAUCUGCUGCCCCCUGGAGGCGAAAUAGAUCUAGAGCAACAAGUGCUGUGCCUAUAAACCACCCAAGUAUACCAAGUCAGGACAUUACAAAACAGGUAGAUGAAAACCUUUUGUUACUUAAAAAAGUUGAUGAAAAUCUUCUGUUGCUUAAAAAGGUGGAUGAAAAUUUGACAAUGCUUAAAAAGGAAGCUCGAUCUGUAGAGGUGAAGACGGUUGAGGAAGUCAAUUCAUUAGCGUCUACUCCAUUUAGUAUUUGCCAACUAAUGACCCCCAUCAUUCCCUCGAGGCAGCCAACUGAAACAUCAGAGAUCCUCACAGUGCUCUCUCCUUCUGCUCUGGAGCUUCCUCUAAGGCCACAGUCAGAGGCUAAAGGAACUCCAGAACCUCUUAAACGGGACAGUUAUAAAUCACUGGCCUCCAGUAUUCUCUUCAACCUUAAGGAUAACAGGAAACGUGUCAAAAGCAGAUAUAGUCCAAGAAAGUUCAAAACACUGGAAGAGACAGAAAGCGGAUCUCCUCUUUCAGAUAUGAAGCAACCCUUCACAGAAGGUCUGGCCUCUGGCAUGAGCACUCCAGCCAUUGUAAAAGAUGUAGAGACAGUUGGAAGUCCCAUUCUGGCAAAAAUCCAAAGUGUUGACCUUACAAAACAGGAUGCUGAAAGGCCUCUAUCAAAUGAUUACUUACUUUCUCAUUUGCUGCAGAGUAAAGCAGAAGAGGCUAGCCCCAUGUCCCCUUUAUUACAAAAGAAAAAGAACAAAAGUCCCUUAGUUAAGAAGCAAAACUACCCUUCUCUAAACCUGUACAAAAAGGCCAGUCCUGCCAACAGUGAUAUGAAAUAUCUACAAGCCCCACUGAGUCCUGGUGCUUCUGCGCACACAGAAAGUGUGAAAGAUUACCUUUCACCACCCCCACCCAACAAAGAUCUUUCUCCACUACCAAAGCCAAAGACCAGUGGACUUUCACCAAAUACCCUAAAUGUCAGCACAGAUCUUUCACCCACUAUUCCUUCCCCCUCAGGUCAGAAAAAACACCUAUCAUUACAAGAAAAAGUGGUCAAAAGGCCACCAGAUGUGCCAGAGAAGCCCAGACGAAAGAACAGUAUAGAGCCCGUUAGUGUGAAAGAAAAUAACACGGUAAACCAACCUGUAAGUGCGGCAAAUGUGAUUAAAGCAGCAAGGGAGGCAAUACAUGUAGCUAAACACAAAGCCUUAUCCCCAGAUAGUAUCAACAAGCCAACAGAUGAAAUAAUUGAAGUCAGAAACACAGAGAAACAGGAACAAAACCCACACAAUAUUAUGGGUUUAGAAGAAAGUGCUAUACCUGAAAAUAUACAUAAUCCUGAGAAGAGAAAAGAACCUCCACCUGUCCCUAAGAGGACCUUUACAAAAUCUGAUAUUCAGCUACCACUCGAUAAUCCUGAAAUGCUCACCAAUGGUGACUUAGACAGCUCCAAAACAGAUGUAAAAUCAAAAAGUCAAAAGGAAGCAUCUCAAAAACAGGAAAAGCUCAAGCAUAUCUUUUCAGCCAGACAAAACAACUACAUCAAAAAUCAAAGGUUUGCUAUAACCGAUAACGAUAAAGAGAUGGAGUCUGAGGAAAGUGACAGGAAAGUGAGUGCAAGAGUAGAAAGGGAUGAGAUAGGGGUUCCCGCAGAAAUAAGAGACAGCGAAAACAUCAUCAGUGACUUAAAUGCUUUGAAAGAAUUAGAAAGAGCAAGACUAGCGGAGCGGAUUUACGACAAUGCAAAGAACAAAUUUGGGGUCGUUGACAUCGUGGAGCAGACGAAGGCCAGGAAUGAUUUGAUUUCAAGAGAACUUCGAAAUAUUAAGAAAGGUAUGAUGUCUAUGAGGGGGAACACAAUGGCCAAAAGGGAUCUGUUUUUGAAGAAAGAAAAUGAGCAGAGCAAAGGAGAGGUUUAUUCAAAGUUAGAUGGUAACGUUAUCGUAAACAAGGCACUUAUAAAUGACAAUUAUGAUAAAGCUAAAAUGGCACUAGAGGAGAUUAUUUUUGAGAGGGAAAAGCGGAAACAUCUACCAGGACAAGAGGAGUCUGAACAAGGGGUAGAAGAUGACAGUAAUGUGACUAAACUUCAGAAAUCUAAAACUGCAUGUGACACUGAGGCAAAAUCCAACGGCCUUAGCGCAUCCGAGCUAAAAGAGAGGUUAAGUGAGCUAAAAGAUCACACCAACAUGAGGCAGAUUUUGUCUCAAACCGAGCCCCGACCGGGAGAGACGCACAGAGCAGGGAGCAGGAUAGCUUUACCGGGCAUGGACAAAACGAGCGACGAACUCAAUGCGAUAGUCAAAUCCAAAAGUGAGAAAAUUGAGAAGCUUAUUAGCAAUUAUCUUACUGCCAGUUCAAACGUCGAUUCUAGUCACGUGUCGGAAGAAACAGUUGAAAAUAUCGUAGAUGAAAAUGCAGAGAAAAAACACGACACUCCUCCUGUUCCUCCAAGAAGCAGAAAAGGCAGCAUUAGAAGAGAUAGUGUUGGUAAAGAGGCAGAGUUAAGUUUAAAGAAUGUAAUAGGUGAUUUAAAUAAGAGCAAAAAAGAUGAAAAGGAAGAGUUAUGCUUGAUUCCUAAUUUAAACUCUUCAGAAAAACAAAAUGUAUAUGACACUGAACCAACAGCUAGCUUGGAUAACACAAAACAUAUCAAUUCAAAAUCAGCUUUAGAACCAAGUAUUAGCCUUUCAACAAAAACCUCUGAAAAUGAGACUAAAUCAUAUUCAGAUGCUACAUGUGAAAACAAAAAGCAGAUGAGCCCUCUAGCUGAAAUCAUACCUGAGAGAAAACUCCAGGCCACAGGAACAGGAAAAGUCAAACGCAGGGCUCCCUUAAGGCCGGAUCAUCUGAGCACUUCUAGUAGCAAAGAUUUGGUGUUAGAGCAAACUGAAAAUGUAUCUAUUAGUAAUGAAGAUUCAAAACCAAAGGCAGACGUAGUUGUUGAAUCCCCCCCAAUUUUAACUUCCCCCUUGCUUCUUGUGAAUGGGGUUAGCAUUUGUCAGAGCCCACCAGAUCAGGCUAGUUCAUCAUCCAAAUCGUCCUAUUUCUCAGCUGAAAGUACCCUCCAUAGAAACACUGAGACUGAGUCCAAUGUUUACCACUCUCUGGAAAACCUGAUUGGAGAGGUGGAGGAGGUUCAUGAGGCAGGAACAGGCUCUCUAAACAAAACAAGGCAUAAUUCAGACAGGACAGAUGGUGAAUAUUACUCAUUUAGCGAUCAUGAAACUGAGCCCGAACCACUGAAGAGGCAGAUCAAAUCACCUCCAAAAGACCCUGUCAUAUUGACCAAGGAGACAGCACCCAGAUCCACCAAAGAAAAUGCUGUGAAACAAGAGGAUGAAACCAAUUCAUCAGCUUCCUCAAAUCCUGUUUCACCAACCUUUGCGAUCCCUGCACUAUUUAAGGUCAAGGAUAAUACGUUUAGUAACAAGUUGAAAAAGUCAACACAGCCCUGGUCUCCAAGGGGAAGCUUGGCCGGUAUAGAAAGUUUAUUGGUAGACAAUAAAAUUCCACAAGUACAAGAAACCUACCAAGAACAUGUGGUUGGUGAUGCUACAUUGCCACAAGUUAAUAUUGAAGUUGAAGAGGUUUUACCAUCGUCUCCUCAGCUCCUCCUACCCACAAGUUCUAGUGAAAUACUCAAGGUUCAAGAUAACUUCUUUCUGAGGGUCCCGGAGCAGGAGGACAGACACUCGGGAGUGAGUCCUCUGUCGGAGGGGGUGGAGAGUACAGCAGCUAGCACAGUGGAGACUGCAGACGAGACAAGCGGGGCCAGUGGACUUGAAUGUGAGGUCUCUAAAGUCCCCAGUGAACGCUCUGGGUCCACUUGCAGUGGAAAUGACAGUCAAACAGGCCUGCCCAAACCUCCUGCUGUCCUGCCCAAAUCAGAGAAGGCAGUUCUCCGAGCCAUUAAGUUAACCAACAGAAGAAUGAAGAAGGAGGAGGCCCAUAAGUCAGCUCAGAAAUCCUCCCACAGCAGCAGCAGCAAGCACAAGUCUGACAGGCACAAGAGUGACAAGUCUGAGCAGAAAAGUAGCAGCAGCAGUAGAAAACACAAAGAAAAGACACAUUCAACUCCUCCAAAUGCAGAAGAGAAAUCAGUUCACUCCAGUCAAAACCCUAAUGAUAUAAAACAAUCUUCUCACAGACACAGUGUGGACUCAGAGCACAAGACUGGGCCUGUCCUCCUCAAUGAGCGGCAGGGGCGUAGCAGUGACAGGCGGCUCCGUGACAAGCCAGAACAGCGGCACUACAGCAGUGACCGGGUCAUCAGCAAUGUGCCUGUGUACAAGACAUAUGUAGGAGACAGGCCCCGCUCAGACCGGGCUCUCCAGCGUUCUCUGAGCACCGACAGGUACAUGGAGACUAAAGCAGAGCGCAGGCUUAGUGCCGAUAUGUCAAACAAUGACAGACUUGACCCAAGAAGCCAAAGAAUUGAGAAAUCUAUUAAGGAUGAGCUACAACAGAGAGGCAGACAGAAGGAUAAACAGAUUAAAGAAAGUCCACUGAGACGGAGCCAUAGUAUAGAUUCACAGAGCACAAAUGUACUGCAUCCUGCAAACCUGUCCCGUCAGUCCAGCAUUACCAGCCAGCUUUCACGCCAGUCCAGCAUGGAGCACACCAUCGUAGCCCCAUCCUUCCCAAUGACACAGAGGAAGCUCCUCCAGGAUCCAGACUCAGGCCAUUAUUUCUUUGUAGACAUGCCUGUACAAGUGAAAACUAAAACCUUCUUCGAUCCAGAAACAGGGACGUAUGUGCAGCUCCCGGUUCAGCCUUCAGAGGGGGCCAUACCACAGCCCUCACCAAUGGAGGUUUUGAGCCCUCCUCUAGUGGUCUACCACAGCUUUGUCCCAGUGUCUCUGUCUCCCAUGGCUCAGACAGCCCCUGUCCCACUUCCACAUGUAGAGCAUGAGGAAUAUGACCCGCGACAUCCGGACCUGAUGACAAGGCACACUGAAGCUCACUCAUACUUAGAGCCUGUGUUUGGGCAACAUGAGCACAUGUUGGGAGAAUUCUUAGGGACUGAGGAGUUGGACUGUCCGAGCUAAAAGAUUAAAGCCAAAAAUCUUUCAUUAAAUUUGUAUAUUACAAAUAUUUACUAUUUGAUUAUGUUUUUGUGCACUCAACUUAAACCUGCCUUACCUUGUUUUGUACUUCACGUCACUGUUGCAGAAGUGUGAAGUGUGACAGUUGAUUUGAUUUUUAAGUUACAAAUAAGUAAGAUUGCUUUGCUUGCUUUAACAGUGACACUGGUUUUGUGAGAUCUCCAAUUCUGUGACCUUUAUAUUUAAAGUGUCAAAUGCUGGAGGAGGUAUUUGUGUAAGAUAAAGUGGGGGACAUGGAGACUCCAUGUAUAUAUGUAAACAGAAAGAAAUGGCUUAUCUGUAAAUGUGAGUAUUUAUUUAUGCUGAAAUGUGUAUAUGGCACUACAGUGGUAGUGUUGGUGAACUUCACCUCUUUCAGGUAUUGUUUUUGACACUUUUCUUAUCUGCAAGGUUUAUUGCCUCUUCUUUUUUUCUUUCUUUUUUGUUUCUUUCACAAGACAGGCUGUUUUGAUAAAUAUACUGGAUGAACUUGACAAUAUCUAAGUAAAAUUUCCGCUUUAGAAGACAUUUUAAAAUGUUUUGCAUGCUUGAUUCAAAUGAUGGCUAUAUUUUUAAAUUGAAAAUAUACUUUUAGUUCAUACCAAGUAAAAGCUUUUAAUGGGACUUUGCAAUAUUUGUUAUUAAGAAAUAACAGAAAAAAACUGAGAAUAUCUGUAUCUGAUUUAUUGCAUUUUGAAGUAGAAUAAUGCAGGGCUGUUUUGUGUCUGUGAUCCAUUCCAAUAAAAAACCUGUUGGUACAG